GACAGUAGCACUGUCUGUCGGCAGGAAACGACAACAACAUAUUUCUUGUUCAUUCUAGGAAAAUUUUGUUAAUGUGUGGAACUCCGAAUUGUUGAGAAAAUUUCUUAUCAGUGAAAAAGGUUAAUCAUAAAUAAUAAAACUAUGGAGAACUUGAAAUUUAAGACUUAAGGCUACUGUUGAUAACUCUCUUUCUAAAUAAAUUGUAGCCAGUGGAAUUGAUUAAAAAAAAGUUUUGAAAAUUGGAAGAAUCUCUGUGUUUGUGUUAGUGUGUAGAAACACUUCUUGUGUUGAUUGCCAAUUUCAAAAUGCAUUUGAAACAAUUUUUGAUAAGAAACUCUCUUAAGUGGGUGAUAAUUGUAUCACUUUUGACUAUUGCUCAAGCUAAUCCCGAUGCAAAAAGACUCUACGAUGAUCUGUUAAGUAAUUACAAUCGAUUGAUACGUCCGGUAAGCAACAAUACUGACACUGUGCUAGUUAAGCUCGGCUUAAGACUUUCUCAGUUGAUUGAUUUGAAUCUGAAAGAUCAAAUUCUCACAACGAACAUCUGGUUGGAACACGAGUGGCAAGAUCAUAAAUUUAAAUGGGAUCCGGCAGAGUAUGGUGGUGUUACGGAACUUUAUGUGCCAUCGGAGCAUAUUUGGCUACCGGAUAUCGUCCUUUACAACAAUGCCGAUGGUGAGUACGUGGUGACAACAUUAACAAAAGCUAUUCUUACUUAUACGGGAAAAGUUUUGUGGAAUCCGCCGGCAAUUUUCAAGUCAUCGUGUGAAAUUGACGUUCGUUAUUUUCCAUUUGAUCAGCAAACGUGCUUUAUGAAGUUCGGUUCCUGGACAUACGAUGGAAAUCAGAUUGACUUGAAGCAUAAAAAUCAGUUGAACAAUACCAGCAACAUGGUCGAGAUUGGAAUUGAUUUAAGAGAAUAUUAUCCAUCAGUUGAAUGGGACAUUCUUGGCGUACCAGCUGAAAGACAUGAAAAAUAUUAUCCUUGCUGUGCUGAGCCAUAUCCCGAUAUAUUUUUCAACAUAACAUUGCGCCGGAAAACUCUUUUCUACACUGUCAACUUGAUUAUUCCAUGUGUCGGUAUCUCAUAUCUCUCGGUAUUGGUUUUCUAUCUACCCGCUGAUUCUGGUGAGAAAGUCGCCCUUUGCAUCAGCAUUCUUUUGUCGCAAACAAUGUUCUUCUUGCUUAUAUCGGAAAUCAUUCCGUCGACAUCACUUGCGCUUCCAUUGUUGGGCAAAUAUCUUCUAUUCACUAUGAUUCUGGUUGGAUUGUCGGUUGUAGUAACAAUAGGUAUACUGAACAUUCAUUAUCGAAAGCCAUCAACACACAAAAUGGCUCCGUGGGUGCGGAGAUUUUUCAUAAAAACACUUCCUCGCUUGCUACUUAUGCGUGUGCCAAAAGAUUUGUUAAAUCAGUUGGCCGCAAGCAAGAUUAAUUAUGGCAUUAAGAAUGCCAGUAAAAAUGGAAGUAAGAAGUCAAAGUUCAAUGCGGCAGUCGCUGCACACAAUCAGUUCCAAAGCAAUUCAGGCGGCUCAAGUCCCGAUUCGAUAAGGGCAAUGCAGGGACGAGCUGGUUGUAAUGGCCUUCAUUCAACAACCGCUACAAACAGAUUUAGUGGCUUAGUAGGCUCGUUGGGUGUCGGAUUAAGCUACAACGGACUUCCAUCCAUUAUGUCUGGAUUAGACGAUUCUCUGAGCGAUGUUGGUGCCAAAAAGAAAUAUCCGUUCGAACUCGAAAAAGCGAUUCACAAUGUUAUGUUCAUUCAACAUCAUAUGCAACGGCAAGAUGAAUUUAAUGCUGAGGAUCAAGAUUGGGGAUUUGUAGCUAUGGUGUUGGAUCGUUUGUUUUUAUGGCUCUUUACAACAGCAUCACUUUUUGGCACAUUCUCAAUUCUGUGCGAAGCACCAGCAUUAUACGACGACACCCGACCAAUCGAUAUUCAGUAUUCGAUCAUUGCUCAAAAAUUAUUCAAUAUUACUGUUAAGGAUCAUUAAACAGCCAAGUUCUUCUAGAAUUUAAAUGUUAAGAAAUUUAAGCCAAAAGAAAACAUCUGGAAAAUUAUUAAUUUCUGUUAUCUCAUUACUGUUAUUUGUGCAAUUUGUCUCAUAAGAAAUAUUUAAGCAAAGAAUCAUUAUCAUUAAGUUUCACUAUUAUGACUCUUUCAAUUCUUACAACUACACGACAACAUUUCUUGAAUAGUUGGAUGGAAAGCUUCUUUCCUUACUCGGUAAGCUCAACUCAUUAUGCACUAAAACAGAUGAAAAUAAAAAUAAAACUGAAUCGUGUUAAACAAAACUUCU